GACUCCGCGCAGUUUCCCAGGCAGCAGUGUGGUCUGGAGCAUAGAGUGGUGUGUGUGUGUGCGCGAUAGAGACAAGGAAAGAUGGCGACGCAGGAGAGCGAAGCAACUAAAGCUACCGUGAGCAACGGCGAGGUGAGCAGCAAUGGGACCGCUGCAACAACAGACGGCCAGGCUGUAGAGACAGCUGAUAACGCUCAGCCUCAGCAGCAGCAGCAGCAGCCACCCAACGCAUGGCAGGUCAUUAAAGGAGUCCUCUUCAGAAUCUUUAUAAUCUGGGCGAUCAGUAGUUGGUUUCGUCGAGGGCCGUCAACUCCAGAUCCCAACACGCCAGCAGGAGCCCCCAGGGUGCCCAGCAGGAACCUGUUCCCCAAGGACACCCUCAUGGAUCUGUAUGUGUAUGUGUCCCAGGAGGAGGUGUUCUCUGACUUCAACAACACAGAAGCCCUGUUCUGGUUUCACAGAGACCUAGUCUAUGGUGACUGGACCAUAGGGGAGAAUGGGGACGGCUGUUACGAGCAAUAUAAGGAGAUGGACAUCCCCGAGGCCGUGCAGCAGAACGGUUCCCUUUACAUGCACGUCUACUUCACUAAAAGUGGGUUCCACCCAGACCCCAAACGCAAGGGCCAGUACCGCAGACUGGCAACAGUUCACUCAACGCGAAAGCUGAAUAAAUUCAAGCGAAGAAAGUUUAUGAAGACCAAGAAUCUGCUGACGGGAGAGACGGAAGCAGAUCCUGAAGUUAUCAAGCGAGCAGAGAGCCACGGUCCAGUGGAGAUCAUCUCUCAUUGGCACCCCAACCUCACCAUCAACAUGGUGGAUGACCACACUGCCUGGGUCAAAGGCUCCGUUCCCCCUCCUCUAGACCAGCAUGUAAAGUUUGAUGCAGUAAGUGGCGACUACUAUCCCAUUGUGUACUUCAAUGACUACUGGAACCUUCAGAAGGAUUACUAUCCCAUCAACGAGACCCUGAAAGCUCUCCCGCUGCGCCUCACCUACUGCCCGCUGUCUCUGUGGCGUUGGCAGCUGUACGCUGCCCAGAAUGCACGUUCACCGUGGAACUUCCUCCCAGAGGACACGUACGAGCAGUCUGACGAAGACCAGGACUCUGUCAAGGUGGCCCUGUUGGAGACCAACCCGUACCUGCUGGGACUCACCAUUGUCGUCUCCAUUGUGCACAGCAUCUUCGAGUUUCUGGCCUUCAAGAAUGAUAUCCAGUUCUGGAACAGCAGACAGUCUCUUGAAGGCCUCUCGGUGCGCUCCAUCAUAUUUGGAGUCUUUCAGUCUCUGGUGGUGUUGCUCUACAUCCUGGACAACGAAACUAACUUUGUGGUGCAGGUCAGCGUCUUCAUCGGCCUCCUCAUCGACCUGUGGAAAAUCACCAAGGUCAUGGACGUCAGGUUGGACAGAGAGAACAAAAUCGCAGGAGUGAUUCCAAGAUUGUUAUUCAAAGACAAGUCUACAUAUGUCCAGUCUUCAACCAAAAUCUACGACGACAUGGCCUUUAAGUACCUGUCGUGGCUGCUCUACCCUCUGUUUGGCUGCUACGCCGUCUACAGCUUAUUGUACGUAGAACACAAAGGCUGGUACUCAUGGGUACUCAGCAUGCUCUACGGCUUCUUGUUAACCUUUGGUUUCAUUACAAUGACGCCGCAGCUAUUCAUCAACUACAAAAUGAAGUCUGUGGCCCACCUCCCGUGGAGGAUGCUCACCUACAAGGCUCUCAAUACCUUUAUUGAUGACCUGUUUGCCUUCGUCAUCAAGAUGCCCAUGAUGUACAGGAUAGGAUGCCUCAGAGACGACGUGGUGUUCUUCAUCUACCUGUACCAGCGCUGGAUCUACCGGGUCGACCCCAACAGGGUCAACGAGUUCGGCACCAGCGGAGUGGAGCCGACCCCGGACGCCGCGGCGGUGACAGACGCUGCUCCUGCCGCAGCCGCCGCCGCUGUCACAGACAAACCAGAGGGGGAGAAGAAGAACGAUUAAGCAGGACACCGCUCUGAUCUGCCUCCCUGGCCCUCGCUGCUGGGGCAAAGAGGACUUGUGGAAAUCAGGCAGGGAGGGGAGUCGUUGUUUAGCCAUCAUGGACACCACUUCAAAAAAAAAAAAUGCAGUUCAACUGUUCCCUCUGAUUUCUGUGUGGAUCCACAGAGAAUCAUAUUCAGUGUAGACUUGGUAAAUUCUUAUUUCUGUUCCCCGCCCUCUCGUUUUGCAGUUCCAGUGAAGUAAAACAAAACGUGAUGUACUGUAUUCUGUAUGAUUUUUCAGAGGGUAACAAUGUCUUGGAGUAGAGGUUGGGAGGGGAACUGGUCGCAGUUAUACUACAUUUUUUUUUUAAUACAAGGGAGCGAAAAAAAGAGGUGAAUUUUUCUUUUCAUUCCAUGUGAGCACCGUGUUUCGGAUUGCCUGGAAACUGGUGAGUAGUGCUGGAGGAAACUGGAGAGAUGUUGAACCAGAGUGGUGGUGACUGGAGACGAUGGACGACCUGCAGGACACGACCCACACUGACUACUUCCCUCAAUUUUAAACAAAAGGUUAAUGUUCUCGACAUGAACAUAAAAAAAUAUCAGCCUUGUUGGUAUUAAUAUAAAUAUAUUAAUAUUGUCAAUGACUUAAUUUUUGUUUUUCUGUCACUGAAGCAUUCUUUUUUUGUAUGUCCUUAAACUGUACAGAAUCUCAGCUUGUCAUGUUAAUAAUGCCAUUGUCAAAUCUGUCUAGCAAUAGCUAAUUUGCAAGUCUAAUUUUAAUUUUACCCCCUCAGCAGGAUGUCUGAUUUUCAAAUUGUUCAAUGUUCACGUUCCAAACCAGAAUCACCUGACAGACACGGCGGAGACAGACAGACGGUCAGGUGUGAGCUGGAAGAAUUACAGUGUCUCUUGUUUUAAUUCUGAGUGCUGUAAGUCCUGAAACAAAGAGGGAUCCAUGUUGGUACAUAUUAAAUUUUGAUUCAUUCAUGUUUAUAGUAAAACUUAAGUGUGAUUUAAAA